GUACCGUAGCGUCUAUCUUGUUCGACCCAAAGAAGCUAGGGUUUUCUUUUUCUUCUUCUUUUUACCUCCAUCAAAUCAUAAAGAUCAAAACCCUUAAUUAAUUUCGUCUAUACAACCUGCACCAAAACAAUCGAUAAAUCUUCAUAAUCGUUCUUCAGGGAUUUAUAAUAAAUUGGAUACAAAGAAAGAGGAAAUGGACGGGCCACUCGUUAAUGGCGACGAUGCGCAGCUACAGUUUGAUAAUACGAAUCAAAUUCAUGUAGAAUAUGACGAUAUUGUAGAUGAUAGUGGUGGAGGCAGUGGAUUAAGGCAUUCAGUCAAUGACAGUAGUCGUGAUGCUUCAGCAGGAAAACUUUUUGUUGGAGGCAUUGCUUGGGAGACAUCUGAAGAAUCUUUCAGGAAUUACUUCAGCAACUACGGAGAAUUAACAGAUUCUGUUAUAAUGAUGGAUAAGAUUACUGGCCGGCCACGUGGAUUUGGAUUUGUAACAUUUGCUAACGCAUCUGAUGCCGAUAAAGUCUUGGAGCAAGAUCAUGUCAUAGAUGGAAGACCAGUCGAAGUAAAGAGGACAGUUCCUCAAGAGAAUACGCAGGGGGGCAGUAGAGGUGUAUCAAGAACAAAGAAAAUCUUUGUUGGUGGUAUACCGUUGACUUUAAUGGAAGAUGAACUAAAGGAGUAUUUCUCUAAUUAUGGUGAUAUACUUGAGCAUCAAAUUAUGCUAGAUCAUGUCACAGGUCGGUCCCGAGGUUUUGGCUUUGUGACAUUUGAUAGCGAAGAUGCUGUGGAUAAGAUCUUUGCUGAUGGUCAACUACAUGAACUUGGAGGCAAACAAGUGGAGAUAAAGAGGGCUGAACCAAAAAGAGGUGGUGGGGGUGGUGAUUUCUCAUACGACAACAGGUCACGUACGUCAUAUGGUGGUGGUUUCGGUAGGGGUUCUUCAGGGUAUGGCAGUGAUUAUGGUGGAAAGGUGGAUAGAGGGUAUGGUGGUUAUGGGGGUGGUUAUGACGGUUAUGGGGGAGGCUAUGGAGGUGGUUUCUAUGGUGGAUACGGUUAUGGGUUUGGGUAUGGUGGGCCCAUGUAUGGUGGUGGGUAUGGGUAUGGUGGGUAUGGGGGAGGUAGGGGUUAUGGAAGUGGUGGUGUUGGUGAUGGUUAUGGUGGUAAAGGAUUUGGUAGGGGUGGUGGGUAUGAAUAUGGUUAUGGAUAUGAUGCUAGUAAAGGGUAUGAUAAUGGCAAUGGCAAUGGCAGUGGUGGUGGUGGAAGGUAUCAUCCAUAUAGGAAGUGAGAUGAUAAUAGUUGAAUGACAUCAAAUUUGGACUUGUGUUAUUGUUUAAUGUGAAUUUUGUUGAGUUGUAUUUUAUUAGCAACUUAGAUAUCUAGCCAGUAGCCAUGGAAGUCGAAUUGUAUCUUACACAGUUAUAUUUUCUGACAAAUCAAAUCUACUGUGUUUUGUCUAUCAA